AAAGUGUAAAUUUCGUGCACAUGGAGCAGUAAAAACACGUGCGUUCGAGACGAAGGAAAAUCAUGAAAGAUAAUCAUAUAAUCGCAACAGAAAAUGAUCACAAUUGAUUCAGUCUAAAAUUUUUGCAACUCGACAUGUCUUGACGAUUGAGAGGUGUAUUUUAAGACGUGAAAUAAUCUUAUUUCGUUUCCGCAAGACAGAAUCAUUUGAACAUGGAGAAAUUCCGGAAUAUCGAUUGGAAUCCCUUGAUGGAGGACUUAAUAGACAAUGUAUUUAUUAAUGAUGAGAGGAUGGAAAAUGAGAGUGCCAUGUAUAAAAUUUUGAAUGAUAACUUUAAAGAUCCAUUUGAAGGUAUCGAAUGUGAGUACGCUGAAGUUAAUGUGGAACUGAUUAAGCAAUACCUUUGCGAGGAUAAUGAAGAUAUCUCCACUGAUAUCGAAGAAGAAAAUUGUGAACCCAAGAAUAAUGUGCAAAAACAUAAAUCUUAUGUACCUGGCAUAAGAAUAUUACCAUUUUAUUUUCCCAGAAGAUCUUGGUUAGACAGUGAUCAACAAGCUAUGUGUCUUCGCGUUUUAUUGAGAUUAUCUAGCAAUACAAAUAAAAAGUUAGAUAAGAAAGAAAAAAUGGAAUUUGAACACUAUAUGACAUUGCAAAAAAUGAUAGAAGAUGAACAGAAGGAAUAUUUAGAAUUUGCAAAGAGCCAGUGGGAUGAUACUUUUAAGUGGUUUAGCAAGUGUCCAGAAUUUGUGAUAAAAAAAUGGAAGGCAAAAAUGAUAAGAUUUCAAAAAUUACCUAGAUAUUAUAUUGAAUCCAUAAAUAUACCACUUUCCUUACAGAAAGAUAACGAUAAAAAUAAAGAUAUUAAAAUAAAAUUUAUAUCUUGUUUACGGCAAGGUUCUUUUUCGAAUGUAAUACUUCCAAAACUCGAUCGAAAAUAUACAUUAUUUAUGAAUAUUCCAUUGCUCCAAAGAUAUAAGCCAUAUGUGGAAUUUGAGAAAGUGAUGCAACAUUUCAGAUUACCCGUGAGCGAAGAUACAUAUUGCGAAAGUCUCGCGAUAGAAGCUGGAGUGGAUUUGAUUAUCUCAUCUAGUGGUAUCAAGUGUCUGCUGAGUAACUUAGAUUCAGAUCAUUCGAACUCGUGGAUUAUACCAGUAGUCGUGAAAUUGCAUCAUGGAAAAAACGUUGUUUAUAUCGAUAAAAAGUUACCACCUAUGUCCGCCACUAUAUCACAGAAGAAUUUUUAUACAUAUAAAUAUAGUCUUAAAUAUCAUUUCGUUGAUGGUAAAGAGGAAAUAUCUGAAACAACGGAAAAAUUUAAAAAAAAUCAAUCCAAAAAAAAUGUAGAUCAUUCUGACUCGGAUAGUGACGAUAGUAAUAGUCAUCUUAAACUUUAUGAAGAAGAUUUAUAUUUAUCAGAUACAGAUAAAUCGGAAAAAUCGGAUAAUUCAGCAAAUGAUGAUAAGAUUGAUAAGACUGAUUCUGAAACAGAUAUGCAACAAAAUGUAUCAUAUAAACUUUUCACGAUAGGACCGGAAUCUUUAAAUCAAAAAGUAAAGCAUAACAUGAAAGACUAUAAAAUGUUGGUUCGUACAAAAAUCGAUGGCAUUGAGACCUUACCAAGCGGAGAAAAGCAAUCUUUAAUAUUAGCGCCAAAGAUUGAACAUCAAUUAGGAUUUGGAGCAGAAGCUAUAACAUUGGAGGAAGGCUUGCAUCAAUGGGCGUCAUUAAAAUUUAGACCGGAAACAUCGUUAGCUAGAGUUAGAAUAGCAGCGGAUAAUAACGAAGUAAUACAAAUAGAAAAACUUACAAUAACAUCGCUAACCAGUGAGAUAAAAAGACUUUUUAAAAUCAAAGCAGAAGAUUCUCUAGGUGUUCUGUAUAAUAUGAUUGAACAAUUAUCAUCUUUGACUCCUGGCCAAUAUAUUAUGCGACAUGUCCCACGCAAUGGACCGUUUGCUAGUAUUUAUAAACAAGUCAGCGAAUAUGGAAAAAAUAUCUUCGAUUUACAUACAAUUUACAAUGCGAAGUUUGAAACAAUAAGCAAAACACCAUGGCCACCCUUAGACAAUAUGUUGACAACACCAGCGAUUAUAUGUUUUAACAGAAUGCCUGCAAUGUUUUAUCCAUAUAAGAACAAAGAAGUCUUAGUUCGGCCUAAAAAGUUAAAGGGUUCAAAGAAAAAUACUGGCAAUGCUCUUAGUAAAGUUGCUAUAACUGUUCGAAGAAGUACUCGGCUUCAAAGCAAGUAAAACGUAAAAGAGAAAACGCAAUAUAAUUUUCUUCUUAUUUUAAAGUUUCUGUUUUGAGAUUCGUUCUUCAAAUGACUGUUUAUUUUACGGAAUCUCUAUAUUUUUUAGCUAUCUUUAUUUUUAAUUUUAAGUUUUUAAUUUUUCUUCUACUUUAUUACAUUCAUGCAUUGACAAAUUUACAUUGAAUAUAUAUGAAUAAUCUCUAAUAAAAUAUAUAUUUUCAUUCUGCAUGAUCAAAUUUAUAUAAAAUAAUGGGAAAGUAGCAUUAGAAGGAAAAGCAUUACAGAAUAGAGAGUAAAAAUGUACAUGUGCAAUUGAGAUAAGUACAAAGUAAUUAAAACUUUUUUGAUAUAUUUAAAA